ACUGUAUACUCGACAUAUCUCGACGACGAUCAACGACGAUCCGAGUCCAUCUGAAUUUUUAAGGCGAAAGACUGGACUUAAGAGAAAUUUUGACUAUUAACACGACAGGGGUACGAAUAAUUUGGAAAGAUUAGAGGAUAAUCCACUGUUUUUACGUAAAAACAAUGGAAUGUUUGGAAAGAGUUAAUCAUCCAGGAUCAUGGGUGAAGGAAAAAUAUCAGGAGGUUCAGCAAUUAUUAGAACAUGAGGCAAAGAGUGAUCCAAAUAAGCUUUACGAGAAAAAGUCUAAAGCUGUGGAGAUUCUAAUGGAGAUACUAGAAGCGCUUACGCAUUGCAAAGAAACUCUCUGCACUGUAGCAGCUGCGAUAACUUAUUUGAACAUAGGUAUAUUACGAGCUGACAUGGAAGAUACAGGAUUUGCUACAGAAUGUUAUAAAAAAUGUAUUGACUUAUUGGAAGAUAGUAAAUUGACAUCUGAAGGCAUUUUACCAGCUAUAAGCGGUAAUAAUCAAUUGGGUCUAAUUUAUGCGCAACGAGGUUCAUAUGAGGAAGCUAAAGACUUUCUAAAGCAAGCGGAAGACUUAUAUAUUAAGUUUACAGAAGAUAUUAAACUUGAUCCUGUCCAUAUGGUAUCCAUUAUGGGUAUUGAGGAGAUAGAAGGAAAUCUAUGUGCAAAAAGUAUUCUCGAAAAGCUUCACACAUUGACUCUGUAUUAUUUAGCACAGGUGUGUCGCGAGUUAGAUGACAAGUGUAAUUUUGCUCUGUAUUGUCAUAGAACAUUGAGCAAGCAAUUAAGUCAAAAUAAAAUAACGCAAGAUCUGGAUUAUGUCGAUUGGGCUUUAAAUGCUGCAGCAAUAUCUCAAUAUUUCAUAGAACAAGACAAAUUUCCACAAGCGAGGCAUCAUCUAGCUGCAGCAUCCUGUAUAUUGGAGAAAUAUUCUGAAAUCUUGAAGGCAAAAGGCACUAGGGAAACCAGUGAGAUCAUUGCUGCGCAAUACGAAAAUUACGAUCAUGGAUCAGCAAAUAUCGCUAGAUGUUGGGCGAAGUACGGUAUUGCUCUCUUGGGAGCAUCUAAAGAAAGAUUAAUGAAACAGGCCGAGGAAGAGGAUCAGGAGGAUUCAAAGCCUGCGAAAGUUGCUGAUAAAGUCUAUAAAUAUUCUCAGAUUGAAAUCAUGGAGGAUCCAAGAUUUGUAGAUCUAGAACCAGAAUUAGAAUCGAUUACCAAUGAAGUUACAGAUAUGUAUUUAUUGGAUUUUAAUGAUGCUAGACCGGUAUUCUUGAACGUUCGAAAAUGGUUGGAUAAGGCGAAGGAAUAUUAUACUUUCGAGAAUCAUGCGUCAGAUUAUGCCUGGAUUAUCCAAGAUCUUUCUCAAGCAUACAAAUACUUGGCGUUCUUCGAAGACAACGAAGACAGACAGGCGAGAAUGCACAAACGGCGGAUAGACAUUCUGGAGGAAGUAAUGAGGAUUUGGAUCGAGCUCGCGGAAACGUAUUCGGAGAUCUUGGACUUGAAGAUUGAUCGUUUGCAAGCAUCCAACGAAAGGCCGACGGCGCAUGUAAUAGCGAAGAUCGAGCGCCUGGCGAGAAAUAGCAUAAAGCACUAUCAGUCGUACUUGAAUUCUUUAGAGAUGAGCAAAUCUGAAAACGGAGUCGAGUCCUUCUCGGACGACUUGCUGUAUCCAGCGUUGUAUACUUACUUCCAUGUGGGAAGAUUGUAUAAUAAGAUUAUAACUUCCGACGUACAACAAAAAAUAGAAAACAUGCAGAAUAGCGUUGAUGCUUACAGUUUUGUCGUUAAUUAUUACGAUAAGCAUCCUGAAAAACAGAAGAAGUUAGAAAAAUACGAAUUUAUAAAAUUGUCUAAAGAAUUUAUCACAUUGCUGCCGCUUACAAUAGAUAGAUUAAAACAGCAGAUAAAUCAAUAAUAUUAUUUCUCUCUCUUUUUCAUUUCCGUGACAAUGUUGAAUGAUAUUUUCUUCUGAAUGGUAUUUUUCUCUCUGUGCAGCAGACGAUGGUUUUUGUACGAGGGAAUACAGAAAUCUACAUCUGCAAAGCAUAUAUUUAUGUAUCGCGUUUAAAAUAAAUGCUUUCUUAUGUAUUUGCGGUCAGCUCAUUCCUUAUAUUUGUACACUUAUAUUUGUAUAUAUACACACACAUAUAUAUAUAUAUAUAAUCAUAUA